AUGGCACGCAACUCAGAAAAAGCGCAGUCCAUGCUCUUCCGCUUCCGCGCCGCCCAGGCCGCCGAAUCUGGUCUCCUCCCCUCCGCCAGCCUUCGUCGUCCCAAAGCCCCGUCUACCGUGGACACGGUCCCCCUGUGCGAAAAAUGGCGCGGUCAAAUCCUAAAAGAAAUCUCGCGGAAGGUGACAAAGAUCCAAGACGAGUCGCUCUCGGACUUCCAAAUCAGGGAUCUAAACGAUGAGAUCAACAAGUUGAUGAAGGAGAAGUGGGGUUGGGAACGGCGCAUACGGGAACUGGGAGGACCGAACUAUAUGCGGGGCGGAGGCACGGUGUUUGACGAUCAGGGCCGAGAGGUGCCCGGUGGAGGGAAAGGGUAUAGGUAUUUCGGGAGGGCGAGGGAGUUACCUGGUGUCAAGGAGAUGUUUGAGCGGGCGGCAAAGAGGAGGGUCCGCGGCGAUGAGGAGGAGGAAGCAGCCAAAAGGCCGCAGCUGGAGAUCAACCGGAGGAACCUCGACGCGCGGUACUUUGGGUUCGGGCCGGACGAGGAAAAUGGGACACUGUCGAAGUAUGAGAGGAAGAAAGAAAAGGAGGCUGUCGAAAGGGUGGCGAAGCUGGCAGGCACAGAGGAUGAGGACCAAGAUUGGGAGCCCUUACCCGGUGACGCCGGCGAUGGUGUGAGAUGGCGUCUGCCCACGUUGGAAGAGGUCCAAGAAGAACUGGUGGAUCGAAGGCGCAGGCAAUUGCUUGACAGGCUUGGUUGA